GAUUAACUUAUGCUUUCUAAGAAUUUCAUAUUAUCACAUGUAAAUUGGUGUCAAAUCAGUAAAUUAUCUUCUGUGAAUUCAUUUAUUUUAUUACAAUAUCAACGGAAUCAUUCUAUUCAAUCAUAUAAUCAGACUAAUAAUAAUAACAAUGAGGACAGUAGUGAAUUUCUAGAAAAGCUUAAUGCUGCUAAAGACAAUCCUCCUAGUGGAUCAGCUUUAUAUCAAGAUGAUGAUCAUUUUUCUCCAGUUGUUUUUCCUGAUCCUAUAUUCAAUUGGGAAUCUAUCAGAACUAGCGUAAACGCUAGGCGUAUGCAUGAACGAUUCAAUAUUGAUAAAAUUAUAGAUUUAAAAAAGCAAAUGGAUGGUAUUCAUGAACAAAUAAAUGCCUUAAAAGAAAAUAGAAUUUCACUUCAAUAUCAAUAUGAACACAAUAAACAGGAUCCAGAUGAAGUUAAAGCUGCUGCACGUGCAUUACGAAGUGAACAAAAGUCACUAGAGGUAUCAUUUAAGAAGUUGGAUUAUGAAUUUAAAAAAGAAUCACUCAAUUUACCCAAUAUCAUACAUUCACUAACUCCUGUCGAUGCAAUGAAGUCACAGAAUCCAAUUAAAUCAUAUCGUAAGAAAAUUUGUACCAGUAAAAAGGUACUUUGGUCUAAUCUAGCAGAUGAUAAUUACAAUGAGGUUAUUGGAACGUAUUAUACAGGUCGUUUAGCGGAAUUGGAAUACACUCACAUGAAUAAAGUAAAUGACUAUUGGCUCAGUCGAAUGAACGAAGGUCAAUCAUAUAAUUAUCCUGUUUGUCUAUCAGACAUUAUUCGUGGACCGGCGUUAGAGGCCACUUCAUGGCCAAGUGUAAAAUCUGCAAUUCGAUUAAGACCGUCGAAAAAUGAUAUGUUGUUAGUGGAAGAUCCGAAUACUGGAAUUAGUAAAUGGCUCAUCAAUCCUCAUACAACUGAUUACUUAGUCGGUUCAGCUAGUCUUGCAGCUUUUUCGGCUUAUCUUAUGCUGCAUAGAGCUAAUCUGUUCACUAAUUCAUAUUUACGCCUCGUUUCUAAAGGAUCUGUUUAUAUCAACGACAAUGGAAAUGACGUUACUCAUAAUUUAUCCGGUGAUCAAACUAAUCAACCCAGUUUCAAAUCCCCUUUUCAUCAAUCCAAACAGAUAUCUCUCCUUGAGCUUUCGAAAGAUUGGAAUCAAUGUGAAGCUGGUUUUCACGUUUUAGUUGAGGAGUUAUUCAGAUUUUGGCAACAUUAUCAACCAGGCUGGUCAUACAAACUGAUUUAUACUGAGGCUCCCAAUUUAUAUGCUUGUGAAAUGUUACGUGCUGUUUUGUAUACCGACAUGAAGACAUCAAGUGAUAUCGAGAUUUCCAUUCCUCUUGCUUCAGUCUCUUUAAUGGGCGAUUGGAUUUCAAGACGAAUUAUAACCAAACUUAAGAAAAGUGAUAAAAUCAAUAAAGAUUGCGAAUCAUAUCCUUAUAUGAAACAACCAUUUGGUUUGAACUUGUAACAAGAAUGAUAUAUAACGCUGAACUACAAUCAUAUUGAACAACAAGAAGAAGAUUCCUCUGUUUUUCCAAUUGGAAUCAAUAGAUUUUACUGAUUCACUGGUCUACAUGAUUAACAAUAAUGACAUAUAACUGUUAAAAAUCAACAGUUGUUGGAGUUAUUACGAAAAAAAUUGUAAUAAUCAUGUGAUUUGAUUUUUAGUCUACAUUAUGUAUUUACAGCAACUGUUCAAUCCAACAUGGAUUCAUCAUAUGCAUAUUCGUCAAUAUUAGAACGAAUAAGUUGACAAAAAUUGGGCGCCGAGUAUAGAGAAGUCAUUAUAUGUGAAAAUUAUAUUUGAAAUAAUCUUAGCGAUUGGAAUUUAAAGAAGUCCAAAGUUUUGUCCAGCAAAUUGUUCUGGAUAUAUAAUGGAUUCAUUAGUUUGAACUGCUAAAAAUUACUAAAAAACUGACGAAAUAAAUGUCCACUGUUCGCAUAAAUUGACUUCUACUUCUGAGUUUAGAGGAUGAUCAUUGAGAAAUAGCGAUAAAUUAUGAAUUUCUUUUUUUAAAAUGCCAGUUUAUAAUGAUCACGAGUGUAUUUCUUUGUGCCUAGUAACAUAGUUUGUUUCAUAUAUUUAUCAUGCGUAAAUCUUUAAGGAUGACUGAUUCUCAAAUACAAAUUAUCAUUAUCAUUAUUUGAACACAUAAAUAUUGGUACAAAGAGGCACCGAAUACAUAUGUGCCUCACAAGUCACUUGAUUUUUAUGUGGUCUGUGAUACCGUCCGGAUGCUCAGACCGAAGCAGGUGGUUUUUAGGGGGGGGGGCUUCGACCUGAAGGUCCGAUCCAAAGGGUAGUGGGGCAACGUCAGGAGAUGCAGUCCCAUGGUAGCUCGUGACUAAUAAUUGGUUCAUACCUCAUUUGUUUCCCCAGGAUCCUAGAUUCCAUGUGUACUAUUGGCUUGGAAUCAGGGUUUUCGAACUCCCGUACAUGGAUCCUUGAUAUCUACCAACACAGUUAAAGUUUCGGACAUUCGGUUUUCGUUCUCUUAAUUUCGUAAACAGCGCUUCCGCCGCAAGAAGGCAGUGAGUAGGACUUUCCUAGUAGUGGCUGAAUACGCGUGGUCGUAUGAGAGUAUUUUGAGAAGUAGAGCUGACUCUCCUCACCCUCGGUGAUUAUUCGUGUCAUCGAAACUGCGAUCUACACAAUUUUUUUAAAUUUCAAACUUAUUGCAGCAUCCAUGUUCUCCAGUAACAAGGUUUCUCAAAAGUAUUUGUACUUUCGUGGCAUCAUCUACCUUUCCAGUAUUACCAUGG